AUGGAAAAGGUGGUUCUGCCCAACGGUGAAGAGCGUGAGAUCGAAAUCAAGAACGCGCUAUAUGUUCCAAGUAUGAGCAAGAACCUGCUCUCGGUGCCACAGAUUAACAGCCAUGGCAAGUUUCAAGUCGUGUUUGACGGGUCCAAGAUGUAUGUGACUCUCAAGAACUCACAGCAAGUGGUGGCGACAGCGGAUCUCGUGGAUGGACUCUACUGGCUUCGGACGACUCAACGAUCAGCGAAUGUGACAACAAGUGGAACCAGUUGUGCCGAUCUACAUGCGAGAAUGGGUCAUGCUACAGUCGACGUGCUUCGCAAGAUGGUCUCCAACAACAUGAUCAAAGAUGUGGGAGUGCCUCUCAAGUCAAGUGGAGCAGGUACAUGUCGAGGAUGUCAGCAAGGGAAAAUGGUCCAAAACCCAUUUCCAAGCAACCGAGACAAGCGCAGCUACGAUACGUUUGAGCUACUUCAUCCGGACAUCUGCGGGCCCAUGGAAAAGGAUUCGCUCGGUGGCAGCAAAUAUUUGCUGCUGAUCAUCGACGAAGCCAGUGGAUGCAUGAAGGGCUUUUGUCUACGAGUGAAGUCCGAGAGUGAAGACUACAUCCGGAAAUAUAUCACCAUGGUACAGACGCAAUUCUGUAAGAAGGUCAAGUUCGUGCGACACGACGGAGCUCGCGAGUUUGCAACCAACUCGCUUCAACUGUUCUACGAAGACGAAGGCAUUGAACAGCAGACAACGGUGCCGUAUGCACAUCAAACAAACGGAACAGCAGAGCGUGCCAUUAGGGACUAUUGUCACGAUCGGCCGCAGCAUGCUUCAUCAUGCCAAACUGGACAAGUGUUUCUGGGCCGAAGCAGCGAUGACGGCCAUCUACGUCAAGAAUCGACUGCCGUCACCUAA